AUGGCCCUGGACGGGCUGGCCGGGUACGUGUAUAAAGCGGCGGCUGAGGGCCGAGUGCUUACUCUGGCUGCCCUGUUACUCAAUCGGACCGAACCUGAGAUCCGAACUCUGCUCUCCACUGUCACCCAGCACGGCGGCCAGAGAUCCACUCCGCUUAUCAUCGCCGCCCGCAACGGGCACAGCAAGGUGGUGCGGCUGCUUCUGGAACAUUACAAAGUGGAUGUGCAGCAGACUGGCACUGUGCGAUUUGACGGAUAUAUCAUUGAUGGAGCUACUGCCUUGUGGUGUGCUGCUGGGGCCGGGCACUAUGAAGUGGUCAAGUUGCUGGUAAGCCAUGGGGCAAAUGUGAACCACACAACUGUCACAAAUUCUACCCCCCUGAGAGCUGCAUGCUUCGAUGGGAGACUGGACAUUGUCCGCUUUCUUGUGGAAAACAAUGCAAAUAUUAGCAUUGCCAAUAAAUAUGACAACACGUGCCUGAUGAUUGCUGCUUACAAGGGUCACACUGAUGUAGUGCGUUACCUUUUGGAGCAACAUGCUGACCCAAAUGCCAGAGCUCACUGUGGGGCAACAGCUCUGCACUUUGCAGCAGAAGCCGGACACUUAGAUAUUGUGCGGGAGCUAGUCAAGUGGAAAGCAGCUAUGGUUGUUAAUGGACACGGGAUGACUCCUCUUAAGGUAGCUGCUGAGAGCUGUAAGGCAGAGGUGGUAGAACUGUUGCUUGCCCAUUCAGACUGUGAUACCAAGAGCCGUAUAGAGGCACUGGAACUUUUGGGAGCCUCUUUUGCCAAUGACAGGGAGAAUUACAACCUCACCAAGACCUAUCAGUAUUUGUACUUGGCAAUGCUGGAGAGAUUUCGGGACCCCUCAAACAUUCUUCACAAGGAGGUCCUACCUCCAAUUGAGGCCUAUGGUAUGAGAACAGAGUGUCGAACUCCGCAGGAGUUAGGUGCUAUUAUCCAUAACACUGAUGCCCUCCAUAUGGAGGGCUUGAUUGUUCGUGAGCGCAUCCUUGGUUCUGAUAACAUUGAUGUGUCACAUCCAAUAAUAUACCGUGGGGCAGUGUAUGCCGAUAACAUGCAAUUUGAACAGUGCAUCAAGUUGUGGCUGCAUGCACUGCAGCUGCGUCAGAAAGGAAAUCGCAAUACACACAAAGACUUGCUGAGGUUUGCUCAAGUGUUCUCUCAGAUGAUUCACCUCAAUGAGCCAGUGAAAUCAUGGGAUGUGGAACAUGUGCUGGAAUGUAGUGUUCUGGAAAUAGAACGUGGGAUAUCCCGUGUCCAGAAUCCCCAAGAGCCCGAUGCCCAUUCUGCACUGGAAAACCAUGAAUGUAAUCUCUACACUUUUCUUUACCUCGUUUGCAUAUCCACAAAAACUCGUUGCUCAGAGGAGGAGCAGCCUCGCAUUAAUAAGCAAAUCUACCGCCUUGUACACCUGGAUCCUAGAACCCGAGACGGAUGCACUCUCCUGCAUUUGGCAGUGGACUCUGGCACGCCUGUAGAUGACUUCCACACUAAUGAUGUCUGCAGUUUCCCAAGUGCCCCAGUGGCAAAGCUUCUUAUUGACUGUGGAGCGAAUGUUAAUGCUGUGGACCAGAUGGGUAACAGCCCUCUUCAUGUUAUAGUACAAUACAACCGUCCUAUCAGUGAUUUUCUUACCCUGCAUGCCAUUAUUAUCAGUCUUGUAGAGGCAGGGGCUCACCCAGACAUGACCAACAAGGAGAAGAAGACCCCUUUGGACAGAAGCACCACAGGGGUAUCAGAAAUUCUACUGAAAACUCAAAUGAAGCUAAGUCUGAAGUGCCUAGCAGCCCGGGCUGUGCGACUUCACAACAUUAAAUAUCAAAAUCAGAUCCCGAGGACUCUUGAAGAGUUUGUGGAAUUUCAUUAAACCUUUGGUUGGACUCCAUUUGUAUUUCUAUAAACAUUCUGAGCAUUGGUUACACACCAUUCCCAAGGGCCCACCUGUCUCUUCUUUGAGUAUGGGGCAAAGCUAAAAUGGUCACUUAUUUUGACCUGUAGUUUUCUUUAGUGCACCAUCACUCUGAAGAGAGCUGUGGUCUCUUAUUUUAUUUUGGUUUUCUUCCAUGACGUUGCAGCUGCUUUCAUUUCUGAUCAGGUUUUUAGAGAAAAUAAGAUAAGGUGCUGAUUACCUACUUCAGUUCAAAGGUAAUUGAUUUUUGCAUUUCUGAUGGCUGAAGUCAGGCUGGAACUUUCUUCCACAGGGAAAUACCCAAAAAAACAUUCUGUUAUGACUGCAGCCUAGUGACUUAAUGUCACCUGACACUUAGGGGAAUUUGUGGGCUGUUACCCUUCUUAUGCCUCGGAGGGAUAGCUGAACUGUCUUCAUAGAAUGUGGCUGGCCAGUGCUGGAAAUUGGCCAGGCUGAGUAGGCUGUCAGCGUUUGGUAGCAAGAAAUGGGUGCAAGUUGUUUACAUUGCUUUUGUCUUGGUGGGUUGUAUACUGAUACUAUACCAGCAGCUCAUUUACUACACUUGCUGGAGCAGCCUAUAGCAGGCAACUUCCUCUAUGGUUUGGCCCAUACAAGCUUUCUUCUUCAUGCGUUUAAAAAUAAUAUAUAGAUUAAAGGAACAGUAACUCCAAAAAAUAAAAGGUGUAUAAAAGUAAUUAAAAUAUAAUAUGCUGUUGUCCUGCAGGGGAAGAAAAGUAAUGGUGCUUUAGAAACACUACUGUAGUUUAUAUAAACAAAGCUGCUGUGUAGCUAUGGGGAUAGCUAUAACAUAGGUCUCAAUGGCACAGGCUACCUGUAGAUAACAGAUAUGCUCUUUCAAACGCCAUUGUGUUCUAAAGAGCUUAUCUAUUAUCUGCAAUGUAAUCUGUGCUUUUUCUCCUUUUCUUCCAGCUGGAAUUGUUGCCCCCAUGCCCACACAGCAGUAGUAUAUAAACUAUAGCAGUCUUUCUGAGUCAAAUACACAACUUCAAGCAAUGCAGGGAAACAGUACAUUAUAUUUUAAUUAUUAUUACUUUAAAACACUUUCAUUUUUUGCUGUUACUGUUUCUGAGGCUCAGAAAUUGCAUGUGUCACUGUGCCUAUAGAUAAUUGGUUCCGUGUGACUGAGCUAAUUGAACCCAGUUGUGCUGAAUUGUACAAGGCACACAGUACAAGCAGGGGCUGAAAGUGACCAGUAUUGGCAGUGGGAAAUUUCUGGUAUCCCAGUCAGCUAUGAUGGGUGAGAUCGCUGAGGCUGCAUAAGGCUGGCUGUCUGCAGGUUUGCUUUUACAAGCAGAUGUUUUUAAAUAAAGGAGGGCUAAAGUCACUGUCAAUAUAUUCAUCAAUCCAGCAGUCAGGGGCAUGUAUUUGGUGUGUAAUCAAUUUUUCCAUUUUUUUGAAGUGCAGAUUCUUGAAUAAGAUAUUGAAAAAAAUGAACUGUUUUUAUUUGAUGCUGAGCCAAUGUGAUCAUUUUAAAGGCCAGUUAAACCCAAAGAAAAUCUAUAGUGCUCGGGUUUGCCUAUGUGAAUAUGUUUAGCAGCCCUGUGGAGCCCCAUUGCCUCCAUUCUUGACCAGGUACCUUCUUGUUGCUUCUCUCUUCCAACCACCUCUUGGAUGAUAGGAAGACGUGGAAGUGGGAGCCAAGCAGCGAUGGUACCUGAUCUUUACAGUUAAUAAAAAACUAAGGGCUUUCAGGCAUGGGAGUUUUUCUUUGCAUUUGGUAUGCUGAUUUGAAUGUAUCUAAUUGAUCCCAUUAGAUUUACCUGGUUGUACUUAGACGCCAGUGCUACACUUUCUGGCACUUUAAUGUGUGUCCAGAAGGCAGUUAUAAUACAGAUUUGUGUUUGAAACUGACAAAAAAGCACUUAUGUGAGUUUAAAGAAAGCAUUUAAAUGCAAUAUACGUUUUUAUGCAGUCAGCAUGCAUUUCUAAAGGCAUAAAAAAAAGCCCAUAAAUAAGAACAUAUGGAAGCAGGGAGGAAAUCACAGGGCCACAGCUAAGUUGCCUACGGCUGCUACACAGGGUAAAUUGCACAGUGCAAGUUAAUAAGCAUAAGGGCAACAUUUUAUAGGGAUUUGGCUGCUUUUCGGUUUGAUAAGAACUUUAUGAAGAUCAGGAUUAGAAUAAUAUUAGAAUAUAUAUUAAGUAUUUUUGGGGCCUUAAAGAAAUACUGGCAACACUUUUAGUGCAGCAUUUCCAUGCCCAGGACCUGAUACCUGGAGAUACGCUUUGUUUUCCCUUCUCAGCCCGUGCCAUACUCCGGGUAUUGGGUCCUGGCAAUAGCACUGCUGUACCACUUAAUUAUGGAAACAUUAGUGUCUGUAUCCCUUUAAUAUCUAUAAAUAGACUAUCCUAAUAUCUGCUAAUAUCUAAUACUCACUGCUAGGGUGACUCUCCUGUAUGGCUAGCGAGUGGCUUCAUGCGUUAUCUUCUGACCAAUCUAAUAUUUGCACAAUUGAUUUCUUUUUUAAAAAAAAAAAUAUAAAUGAUUUUGCUAACCUUUUGUAUGAUUUCUGUUCCGAUUGGAAUGACAUUUGUCGCCAUUACUCCCGAUAGAAAGAAAAUGAAAUGUCACUCUACUUUGUUUAACUCUCACUUCUUAAAGGGGAAGUAUUUCCACAAGUCGGUUUUCACCUUGAAAUUUAUUCCCUUAAAGGGUAAGUAACACCAAAAAGUGAAAAUGCCUGUGAAGAUGUAUCAUGCCUGUCUGCCCAUCAACGGGAAACACCAUUUAGCCACCACAGCCCCAUUAUGUAUAAAAACGGUUUAUCAUUUAUGCACCAUGAAGGACAUUUGACCCGUUUAUCAGCACCUAGGUACUAAGCCAUAGGAUAAUAAAACUUACCUGCUUUUUGGCUAUGCAAUAUAAAUUCCACCUCCCUCCCCUUUUAUGUUUUUUGGUGUUACUGGCCCUUUGGGGAGACAAAGGCAAGUGAUAUGGCUACUCUAUGCAUAUGUAUCCAUUUAAAUAUGAAAAAAUAAAUGGGACUGAUACUUUUUGUUUUCU